AUGGCAGACGGGUUCUCGCUCGCGGACGCCCUGCCGGGCGGGAACAACCCGAACCCCAGCGCCCCGCCGGGCCAGGGCUGGCCAGCCGCCCCCGCCGCCUGGGGCUCCCAGCCGCCGGCCCCCGGAGCCUUCCCGGGAUUCCCCGGGCCCUACGCGCGCCCGCCGGGGCCGUAUCCUGGGGCGCCGGCAGCACCAGGACCGGGACCAUUCGCCGGAGGCUUCCCUGGAGCGCCAGGGCCCUUUCCCGCUCCGGCGCAGCCGCUGAGCGGCCCCGGCUUCGGGCUGCCGGCUCCGCAGGGAGCGCCGAUGAGGGUCCCCUUCGACCUGCCGCUGCCCGGCGGCCUCGCGCCGCGGAUGCUCAUCACCAUCACGGGCACCGUGAGCCCCACGGCCACCAGGUUCUCGCUGGACUUCAAGAAGGGCCACGACAUCGUCUUCCACUUCAACCCGCGCUUCAGCGAGGGCGGCAGGAAGGUCAUCGUGUGUAACUCCAUGUUCCACAACAGCUGGGGCAAGGAGGAGAGGGCGGCGCCCAGGUUCCCCUUCGAGGCYGGGAAGCCCUUCAAGCUGCAGGUGCUCUGCGAGGCGGAUCACUUCAAGGUGGCCGUCAAYGACGCGCACCUGCUGCAGUACAACCACCGCGACAAGAGGCUGGGCGAGGUCAGCACGCUCUGCAUCGCCGGGGACAUCACCCUCACCAGCGUCCUGCCCACCAUGAUCUAGCCGGGGCCGUCGCUCCCGCCGCGGCGGCCUCCUCGCUCGCACCUUUACAGUAAGGCUGAGACAGAAGUGCCUUCUCCCGUCAAUGCUUUUACUACAUGUAAUCACAAUAUGCKCUGGAAGUAAAUUUGAUUUCUGUAAGAUAGCAAAAGAUGAUCUCCAAGGUCACCCGUGAAAGUGUCAGUCUUUGUGGUAGAGAAUGAGGCACUCGUGCCAGCAGGUAAGGGAUGUUCUGGU